UCAUUUGUGCUGACCUUCUACGGAUUUCUUUACUUGUUUGGAAAGUAUUCUGCUAUAAUUUUUCCACUGCUUAUUUUUGUUUGUUUGCUUUUUUAUCAAAGCUUAAGAAUUGUGAAAUGAGCUUUGACUUAAAAGGUUGAUUAAAUGGGACACAAAAUGGGAAACUGGACUAAAGACCUUGUUCUCUUGGUUUUAUGGACCUAGUCUAAAGCACAUUUAAUCUUGCCAAUUUUUAUCAGCAUCUGACAAGUUGUAAGGAAUCAUUGGGACCAUGCUGAAAGAGGAGUGCAAAGCUUUGCUGGAUGCUCUGAACAAGGUAACAGCAUGCUAUAGACAUCUGGUUCUCACCAUAGGUGGGACCUCGGAUACUCAGAACUUGCGUGAAGAAUUAAAGAAGACUAGACAAAAAGCCCAAGAGUUAGCAGUGGCUAACAGAAAUAAGCUGACCAACACACUCAAGGACAAAAGCUUAAGCAAGGAAGACAAAGCUGAAUUUGAAAGGCUGUGGGUCAUCUUUUCUACAUGUAUGGAGAUUUUAGAGACGGAUAUGAGACGAGCUUUAGAGUUGGGGCAAGAAUUCCCACUGAAUAUACCCCGAAAACACCUUAUACAGACUGGUAUGAGUGGGGGGACCUCUGGGGUUGCUGCCAGAGCAAUGAGUGUGCAGAACAUGAAAUAUGAUGCUGAACAUAAUAUAGAUGUGAUGGACCUUAAAGAUUUAGAGAAUGAGAUCAAUCAGGUUGAUGAGAUGAUCUAUGAGAUGGAGAUGAAGGUCAGUGUUCCUCAGUGGACUGUAGAAGCCAAACAGAACCCAGGUGCUGAACUUAAAUCUGCCACAAGUGCAGGGGCUUCUUCUCCUGGUGUCAUCUCUGUAGAUGACCAUAAUAAACCUGUUUGUGAUCUCAGCAAACUUCUAGCUGGAGUGGUUUUCAGUUCUGUUCUUAUUCUUGCUAUUAUAUUAGCUGUGUGUGUAGUAAAACUCUCUUAAGUAUAAAAAGCUGCUGUUGGUAAUGGUCUCCCAAAGAACAGUGGUCUAUUGAUAUACAUUUAACCAAACAUUUCAUUAUCCAUCACUGGCAAAUUCUCAGCUGGAUUUGGAUGUUGAUAUACCCUAGAAGAAUACAGCUUCAAACAUGAACUAUUGUUGAAAUGCCUGAAUACUAAAUUGUGUGUUUCUAUCUCAUUGUAUCUAAUCCCUUUCUACUUGAGGGAUGAGCUGCCUUUUGCACUAUAAGGAGUUGACACUAAACCAUCAUACGUAUUAUAUUUUAUAUUGUUAAAUAGUGAGAAUGAUGUACUAUAGUUGUGUGUAUAUAUUACACACACACAGUGUGCUAACAGCUGCAGUGUUAUAGAUAAUAUUAUUGCUGUUACAGAAUUACCUAAGUGUUAUUCUUUGAGACAAUGUAAAUUCAAAACAGACGCAACAGAGACAAAAAAGGUUACUCAAUGUUGACUGCAUUAAUGUACAUUUUUAGAGGAUAUAAGCUUUGGUGGCUGGUUUACAGAAUCUUAUUCCAAAUGCCAUCUUAUCAUUUGCACUAAACCACUGAAUCCUUAAAGCACAAAUAUUCAUAUAUUGUACUAUAGGAAAUAAGCACAAGACAGUUACAUGAAAUUAUCUAGAAUGCUUAUUAUACAUGUAUUGACUAACAAUUUGCAUUAAGUAUCACUAUUUUUAGAUCUUCAUUCAGAUAGGCUAAUAUCACAAUGUUCUGUAAUGAUCAAUGCUGUUUUGCAAGAGUAUUCUCAUGUUGCCUUUAUAUUCACAGAUGGGAGGGAAACUUACAAGUACCCUGAAUUAGUGGCGCUCAAUCAAUUUUCUUUUCAAAGUAGUAUAGUGUUUUUACAUAUAUGUUUACAUAGAAUUAUACUAAUAAAAAAAUAGGACCCAUAAAUACAUUUUAUCAACCAUUAAGCAUAGGAUUUGUGUAGUCCCUUUCCUUUGCAAUAAUUAUAUAAUUUGGACAUGAUCAUUUACAAGCAGAGUUUGCAGAGAAUGUUCCAUUGAGCUUGCCCCAAUUAUUAUUUAUAGCAAACCUUUCAGGAGGCUGUUAUAUAACCAUAUAAAAGCUAUAACGGCAGUGCAAGACCCAUAUCUUGUGCCAGUUGCAACAUUACCAUAUAUGUCUAUUGCCGGAAGGGUUUAAUGACUACCCUUUCUCAGACACAAAGUAGCUUGUAAGUGCCACAGAAAUAAUGUUGACUCUGUUUAUGUUCUGUGCAUGAAAAAUGCCUUUUAAGAUCCACCUUAUCUUUGGAGAUUUGUGUUUUUUGGACCCUUUGACUUGCACAUGUAACCCUCAUGCCCCAUUUUUGUUGUGAAUAGUUUAAUAGAGUGCCCAAUAGUGUAAUUGUAUUGUGUUUCAAUUGUAAUUAGUCAUUGUAUUUUGUGCAUUUAAAGGGACAUUAAAGUUGUAUUCUAUAUAUACAUAGCAUAUAUUAGCUAUUACAGAUGGCACUUGUAGCAGAUACAGGUUUUAAAAAGCAUUUCAAAUUUUGAUUAUUUUAAAUUCUGGGGAUACACAUCUUGAGUAAGUUGUAUCAUAUCUCGUUUUGUUAUGGUAAAUUAAGGACGUGUAAAUGAUGUCCUGCACUGAUCACGCCAUUUCUGUGUAGCAUGUUGUAGGGUUAUGUUUUUGAAGUCUACAGGAUGCUCCCCAGCCCCAUUUGAAGAAGAAAAAAAAAAGUGGCAAAAAAAUAUAUAAAUACAUUGCAAACGUUUUAUUCUUAAACACAAUGAUUAAUUAAACAUUUUACGUGCAAUUCUUUUUUGAGUUAAAUGUCCCUUUUUAAUUUGUAAAAACUCUUACACUUUUGAAAUUCAGCUUAGAGAAUAGGUGCAGUAAAGGUUAACUUAAAUAUCUAACUUAUUCAAUUACUGAAGCAACCAUGUAUAUGUUUGUGUUAUUUUAACCCACCCUCUGUGAGGGAAACUGUUUCCAAAGUACAAAAGUCAAUUUCUGUGAAUUUUAUUUAUGUAUUUUCCAUCAGAUAUAUUUUAAAGGGACAUGAAACCUCUCUUUUGUGAAUGAGAUAGAGAAUACAAUUUUUAACAACUUUCCAAUUUAUUUCUAUUUAUUUUCUUCAUUCUUCAGAUAUCCUUUAUUGAAGACUUUGCAACAAGUGAGACAAUUACACAAGGCAUAUAUGUGUAGCCACCAAUCAGCAGCUACUGGGAAUAUUUAGAUAUGCUUUUCAACAAAGGAUAUCAAGAGAAUAAAGCAAAUUAGAUAACAGAAGUAAAUUGGAAAGUUGUUUAAAAUUGUAUGUUGUAUUGGAAUCAUUAAAUAAAAUAUUUGGGUAUCAUGUCCCUUUUUAAGGUCAAUUAAAUCUUUUUAUGAUGUUCUUAGGAAUAGUUUAUUAAAUGUUUUAUGAGCAUUUUAUUUGGUGCUUUAUAACUUCACCGAAAGCCUCUGAGAUGGUUGCCAAUUCACUCAAUUCGUUGUCAAAAUGUAAUAUGUAUAAUAGAAAAUAAAUAAUUCUUUUAUAUAAA